AUGAGUAAAAGACAUACUCAAAGGAUCGAAAUUGUUGCAAGUUUAGACAAAAACACAAAAAAUGUUGAAUUGAGUGGUAAUUUAUCAGCAAGGAGGCAGACAAAUGGUAAUAGUGCUUCAAGAAGGAUUGCAGGAAGUGCAAAGAGGAGUUCAGUUUCAAGAUUAAAUAAUUUAUCUCUACAAGAAUUUGAUUUAGAAGACGAAGAAUUUGAUUGUUGGGAGUAUUAUUCAAAAAUAGAGAAAGGGAUAAUUGAUGUUAAUAAUGAAAUUGACGAUAUAAUUGUUGAUCAUUCAGAACUUGAAAGCUAUGUGAAGUUAUUUAAUGUAUUUUACUCAAGUUUAAUUUCAGGAAAUAGCAAUUACUUGAAUGAAAUGUCAAAUUAUUGGGAUAAUUUAUUAAAGAAUCUGGAGGAAAUUUUAGAAAUGAAUAAAUCACUUCUGGAAAAGCUAGUAAAGUCAUUUAUUGGGAGAAUUUUUAUUAAUAUUAGUUCUUUUCAAGAUGCUAAAUGUUAUUAUUCAGCUAUGAUUUAUUUGAUGAUUUCAAUUUUACCAAAUAGACCUCAAGUUAUAACUACAAUUAGACCAUUUAUUAUUAGAAAAAUCAUUGGAAUGAUAAAUGAAAGCCAAAUAAAAAAGCAAUUUAAUCAAAAAAAAGAUAAAAAGAAAACUAGACAAAUUUCUAGCAAAAAGAAAAGAACAAACAAUAGUGAUACGUCUGAUUCUGAAUCCGAAGAAGAGAAAGAAAAUAACUUUUCUGGAAUAGAAAAAAUACGAGUGAACUCUAAAGGUGUUAAUAGUUGUAUUAAAAACAAUGAUUUGGAUAAAAUUUAUAUUGAUAAUGAAAACAGGUAUUUUGAACAAGAAGAAAAUUGUGGAACUGAUGGUAAUUUAAUUCUUCAGCUCAAGUUAUUAAAUUGUCUUAUAGCAUUUUGCAAAAAUUUAGAUAUUUCUAAUAACUUGGCUCAAACGGGUCUUGAAGGUCUGAAUGAAUUAAUAGAAGGUAUGUCAGAUCUUUUAAUAUUUCAUGAUUACUUUCCCAAAAAUAGCCACUGUAUUAAUGAGUUAUCAAAUUUGGCUAUAAUAAUUUCAAGAAUGAAUGAUUACUUAAUCAAUAAUUCACCAGAAAUUACCUCAUUCUUACAAAAGAAAGGGGAUUACAGUAUUUCAAGAAUAAUUACUAUUGCAGUUAUAUUAUUAUUUAUUAAUAUUGGUGAUAAUAGAUAUAUUAAAUUGCAUACAAUUAAUGGUGAUGUUAUUAGAAGAUUUAGAACAGUAAGGAUAGAGAAUAGACACUUUGAGGUUGUUUUAUAUUCAUCAAUUAUUCUUUUAAGGAGAAUGAUACCAUUAACUUUGAUAGGAAGCGAGAAUUCUUUUGUAAAUAAUCUUGGCCCUUCUUCUAAUAUUGGAUCCAAAAAUCAAACUCAAACACAAAAUCUAUUAAUUCAAAAAAUAUUUAACUUAAUUAAGGAGCUUACAAUCCUUUUCCCAGAGCUUUCUCACCCAAACAUUUUAUUUAUCAUUAAUAAAAUUGUUGAAGUUCAAUAUGGAGUCUCUUCCAAUACCAAGAAAAGUGUUCAAGCAAAAUCUGCCCAUAAAAGAAAAUCCAAAAAAAAAAAUAAACAUUUAGAAGAAGACAAUGAUGAAGAUGAAGAAAAUGAUGAUGAAAGGGAAGAAGUAUUAAUGGAAAUAGGAGAGGAAGAUGAAAAAACAGACGAGUUUAAGAGUGAUCAAGAAAUUGAACAUUUUGGAGGUGUUUUAGUUUUGGAAAGACUCAAGAAAAGAAUUUCGGAAUUAAAAAACGAGGAGUUUUAUUACAUUGACAAUUUAAUUAUUAAGAGUUUCUUUGAUGAUGGAUGUUCUGAAAAUGAAAUUUUUUUCAAUGAUCCAAUUUUAGGAUACAUUUUUUCAAUCUAUUUAUUAUUAAGUGAAAAAUCAGAAGCAAGACAAAAUAUCUUGGAUCAGCUACAUAAUGGGUUAAUUCCAGCUUUAGUUGAGGUAACUGAGACAAAAAAUUCAACAAAGAUGUUGUUAUUUGAUAUUUUAAAACAGACUCUAUUCAACUCUGACGAAAAUCCUAUUGGAGGUAUUAAAGAGGUAAAUUCUUUUAUUUCAUUUUUGUCCAAUCACAGAAUCGAAUAUAAUAUAAAUACAAUAAAAGAAGUUAAUCACGAGAUUACCCAGAAAAUCAGUGCAUUUCCAUUCAAGUUUCCUCAAUUAUUAUACAGAAGAAUUAUUUCAAUUCUCCCAAUUAUGUUCCAUUCUUCAAAACCAAAUUAUAGAAUUAUUGCUAUUGACAUAACUGGAUAUAUAUUACAGCUUCGUUCUUCCAUUGAAUUAUUAUCUGUUUUCAUUCAAAAUAUUUCAUCUAAAUUGAAUUUAAGUGAAUUAAACUCUGGAAAAUUUAAACUUAACAUGAUUGAAAAACAAAUGAACAUAUUUGGUAAAAUGCUUUCAGUUGUUUUUGAAAUUUUCCAAGAUAACAGUAAUUUAGUUGCUGGAGAUCAAUUACAAUCUCCAAAUAAUACUCGAAAUCAUGGUGAUUUAGAUUUGAGAGCUGAAUUAGCAAUCACUAAUUCUUCAAGGCGCAAUAGCAGUGCUAGACAAAGUAUUGAGUGGUCUGGAAUAACCAUGUAUAACCAACAAACAAACUUCACAACAAUUCUCAACUUUGCUCAAGGAGAAAUGGCUAUUCAACUUUAUAAUUUAAUCAUUUUCCUAUUAGAAAGAAAUAGGGAUAUUUCCCCAAAUAUUAGAAUAAAAUCAGUAACAAUGCUUUCAGUAAUCAUUUCUUCAGCUUGUGAAAUUUAUCAAAAACUAAGUGAAGAAAACGCUAAGGUUUCUACUGAAGGACUUUCCAUUUUAUUUGGAGAUUUUACAAGUAAAAAUACUUUUAAUGAAAAUAUUUGUCACUAUUCAAAAUACAAUUAUGCAUUAAUUCCUUUAAUUCAGUUAAUUCUGGACUUUAUUUCAGAUGAAAAAGCAAUUUGUAGAAAAGGAUCUCUUAUAUUAUGGGAUGCCUUAUUUUUAUACUUAAAGUUAAAAGGAGCUCAAAUUCCAAUUCUCAAAAAAACACUGCUAAUUCUUUUUAAAAGCACAUUAACUGAUUCUUCUAUUCUUGUUAGAAGACAUUCAAUUCAAAGUUUACAUAAUUUAUAUAUUCAUUCUCCACAAUUAAAAUGGGUAUCUAAUAUUUGGAUCAAUUAUGGAUUACCUACUAUUAUGGAUAGUGAGAACUUUUUGGUAGACAAAACUACAGAAAUAUGCUAUAAUAUGUUAUUAGAGCAAAUGAAAAAGCUAACAGAAUUUAUUAAAGGAUAUGAUACAAUUAAGGGUAACAUUAAUGAUUAUAUUAAAGAAAUAAAACAAGAAUACCUAUUUUCUUGGGUUUCUUUAAAAAGCCAUAAGGAAAAUCAAGUACAAAUAAUUAAUUUGUACAGGAUUUGUAUUAGAAAUAUAUUAAGAAAAUAUCCUUUGGUUUUGCAACCUUUAAUCCAGUUUUUAAAUAUAUUUAUCGAAUUCUUUACCCAAGUCUUACAAUCUAUUAUUAUGGAAAAACAGAAACAUGAACAGAACAAAACUAAAAAUAUGUUUGAAUUCCCAGAUUUACCUUUUGUAAUAAUGGAAGAAUUGUACAUUUACUUGAACCAAAAUAAUAUAAACCAGACAAAUAAAGACAAUAUCUUUGCAAUGACUCAAAAGAUAUAUGAUAUUUUAACAGAGUAUAUAGUAGGGGAAGAAGAAAACAACACGAUUAUAAGUAUGAUAAUCCCAGAAAACAAUUUAUUAACAAUAUCAAACUCUUUGUUUGAUAUUUUUAAAUUUUACUUAACUACAUACUUUAAUAAUAGACAAAGUAAUAACAUACUUUUAAGUCCAGAACAAGUAAAACUGAUUUCUUUAUAUGAAAAGAUCAUAUUUAUGAAACCCGAAUUCUAUUCAAGAUUGACAAAAACCUUGGUAAUUUAUCAGUAUCCAUCUCAGUUAUCAUUAUCUAAUGAGAAGAACCAGUUAUUGAAAAAAAUCAUUUCCUCAUCAUCUCUUUCCACCAUUAUUUAUAUAUUAUAUUUAUGGGACGAAUUAAAUACUGAAAAUGAAUCAAAAAAGAAAACUAAACAAACUAAUUUAACAGAUAUUGUCAAUUCUAUAUUUAAGUUAACAGGUAUUUCUCAAAAUGAAAUUAAAUCACAGUACAAGAAUUGUUUUGUUCCUAAUAUUAAAGGUGAGAUGAAAUGUAUUGAAGUUAUUUAUUUAAGUUCAAUCAUUUUACUUUCAAGCCAAAUUAAAGGUUUAAACCAGGAAAUGCUUAAUAUAAGAAUUUUAGGAGAAUUAUUUCUUCUUAAUUAUUCAAUUACAAAUAUAAAUAUGAAUAAUUCAAAGAAAUCAAGUAUAAUUUCAAUUCCAAAUUCAAUUGAUUCAAACAAUAUUGAAAGUUUGGUACCUUAUUUGGAGGAAUUAUAUAAAAGAUAUAAAGUAAUGUUACAUGAAAAAGGGAAUAGACAAAUAUCAAUUAACUUGGAAUCAUCUUUGUGUAUUUUAAUUUUAGCUCUUGGACAAGCAAGCUAUUCUACUAGUAGCAUAGCAAAAAGAAUAAUUAUACAGUACAUGAUUCCAGAACUACAAGACCCAAAUAUUCAUCUUUCUAUAAGAAAUAAUAUCUUAAUAAUACUUCAUGAUCUAUAUAUUCUACAUACAGCCUUAGUUGAUCCUCAUUUAAUAAGUAUGUUUAAUAUAAUAGUUAAAGAAAGAAAGAAGGGAAAUGAAGAAUCUAAAGAUAAAAACUUAAUACUUAGGAAACAGUCACUUUUAUUACUCUCUGAUUUAAUUGGACAAGGUUAUAUUAAGUUAAGAGGAUCAUAUUUACUUAGACUACUUCAUUCUUUAGUAGAUAGAGAUAAUAAUAUCAGAAACAUUGCACAUGGUAUAUUUGAAAGAAUUCUAUUAAAGACCAAUGUAUCCAUUUUGGUACAAAAUUUUGUGGAGAUUUUAUGCUAUUUAAACAAUUGGUUAGAUCACCCAAGCAUUAAAUCUUGGAAUUUAAGAGAAAAAACAAUUCCCACAAAACAAUACUCUGCCUCAACAGAAGACUUUGACCAAAACGAAAAACAAUAUAUAUUAAAAUUUGUAUUUGAUCAUUUAAGUGAUAAACAAAAACAUGAAACUAUUACAAGGAUUGUAAAUGAUUUUCUUGCUUUAUUUAUUGAUCAAAGUAGUGUAGUAACUUUACCAGAAUCUUAUGAGCAUAAUAAUGGAAAAACUUUGAAAGAUGCUCUAAGUUUACUAUAUUCACCAGAUUUAUGUAUAUAUCACAAAUAUUCAAAAAGGUCUUAUACUGGAACUGGUGGUAAUCAUCUUACAGGAAAGUCUUCAUCCAAAUUAGAAAUUGAAAGUUAUUCUAUUGAAAAUAAUCACUUAAAUAUCACAAAUACUUCAGAAUCAGGAUUUGGAAAAGAGACCGAUACUUGUGAUGGAAAUAAAACAACAACAACAAAUGUAUUAAAAGAGUUAAUUCAAGCCAGUUUGGCUAUUGAAAUUAUUCCUACUUUAUUAUCUCUCAAACAUUUGAUGAAACAAUCAUGUUCUCCAUUUAUUAAAGAUAUUCACAAAUGUAUUGGAGAACUUUUGAAAGAUUAUAGAAAUAACCUUUCUAGUAUCAUCCAAGAUACAACUUUAAUUAAAGAAUUGGAAUAUGAUUUUAAGAUGGGAUAUAUAUAA